UUAUAAUAAUUUUAAAGAAAAUUAAACUAAUGGAGUGCAUUUCAAAGCCAGAUUUGGCAACCCACGAGUUCUGAGUGCCUGAGAAAAAGAUAAUGGAGGGUGAUACCCUUCAUUCAUUUCAGGAAUCAGUGGUAUACAAGGAAAUUCUACAAUUCAUCACACUACUACAGAAGAGUGUCCAAGGAACACAGAUGAGCACUACGGAUCUACCAGAUUGCCUCCUUCCUUUGUAUGAGAUGAUUCAGAAGUACACUGGAUAUAUAGACGAGAUUCCUCCAAUCGAUCAACCAAUGAGGUUCGGUAAUAAGUCAUUCAAGGUUUGGCUUGACAAGGUCAGAGAAAGCUAUGAAGAUGAUAUCAAAACAGUACUUACUACUGAAGAGCAACAGAAAGCUAUCCCAGAAUUGGAGCCAUACUUGCUAGAGUCCUUUGGUCACUAUGAGAGAAUCGAUUAUGGGACUGGCCACGAGCUCAGCUUCCUUGGAUUUUUGUUGUGUCUAUAUAAAAUAGAGAUCUACACUGAUGAGCAUUUUGCAGCAAUCGUGAAUAAGGUCUUCCAAGAAUAUCUACUUCUUUGUCGGAAACUACAGACUAUCUAUAUGCUGGAACCUGCUGGAUCCCAUGGAGUUUGGGGACUAGAUGAUUACCAGCAUUUACCAUUUAUUUUUGGAGCUGGACAACUAGUUGGACAUGACGACUGGACUCCUGAAAUCAUCCAUGAUAACACAACUCUCGAGAAUGAGAUGAAAGAUUACAUGUAUUUCGGUUGCAUCCAUUUUAUUAAGAGUGUUAAGAAAGGAGUUCCAUUUGGAGAAUGCUCACCAAUCUUAAAUGAUAUUAGUGCUGUACCAAACUGGGGGAAAGUCUCCCAAGGUAUGAUCAAAAUGUAUGUCGGAGAAGUCCUUAACAAGCACCCAGUUGUCAAACAUUUCAAAUUUGGCUCUCUCAUUAAGUAUGAAUCUGAAUCAGAUGCAGUAGCUCCAGAUUCAACUGUUUCGACAGAAUAAAUAUUUUUGGCCUUUUCAACCAGAUUA